UCCCAAAACCAUUCGCGCUUGGGUGUUUCUUUUGUGGACGUGGAGUGUACUCCCAGUAUCUCCUUUGCAAAUGGGCUCUAUAGCCUAGCGUUACCCCCCCUGAGCCAGGUCACCUGUGGUCUCAAGCCGUCGGGAUUCUGCUGGGCGCAGCCUUAAGAAGACGUCAAGGGUUUACAACAGCAUAAGAACAAAGAUCAAGAAACAUGGCAGCAAUCCCGUCCAGCGGCUCCCUUGUGGCAACCCAUGACUACUACCGAAGGCGUCUGGGUUCCACUUCCAGCAACAGCUCCUGCGGAAGUUCUGAGUACUCCGGGGAAGUGAUCCCUCACCAUCCGAGUCUCCCUAAAUCUGACCCGGGGCACUGGUGGGCCAGCUUCUUCUUCGGAAAGCAGACUCAUCCGGUCAUGACGACAGUGUCUGAAUCCCCCGAGAACUCAGUAACUUUGCAGGUGGCGAACGGCAUGAUCACAUGUGGCCUGGCUCAGGAAGUAAUGAGGAAGCGCCACGCCAGCGAACCCAGCAAGCCGAACUCCGGUCCCUCGGCGUGAGGUGGCUGAGGCCCCUCCUGGCAGCUGCUUCUGACUUGAACGCUAGGAGACAGAGCCCAUUUUCCACUCCCCCCUCCCUGUAGAGUAGGCAGGCUGCUUUGGGUGUCUAGAUGUAGGUUUUUAUACAAACAAAAAUGGCAACUUAAAAAAAAAACACCUUCUACAUCAUCCUUUUCUACUUUUUCUGGUCGGUGCAGCUACAUCUUAAUUUUCUUCCCACGCAGCCUUUAACUUUUUUUUUUGUUUACUUUUUACUUGCCUAAUGGAAACUUAAUAAAGCCUG